AUGACUUCUGCACGUUUUCAGCUUGAUGAGAGAAUAUCUGAAUAUGCCAAACAAUUUGAUUGUAUUAUUGGACAGAAUACAAAGGCUAAUCACAAAAGAAACAUCCACUACAUUUCUAACACACAUGAAAAUGGAGAAAUUGACGAAUUGAAAAAGACAAUAAGUAAGAUUGCAGAAGACAUGAGUUAUUUCCAGGUCGAACUUCCUACACAUUGGAUUCAAUUGGAAAAUGCCUUGGAUUUUUUAACAAGUGAUUUGAAAAAGAAUAUACUGUCAUGGACGAAUAUUUUGAAAUUAGGAAAUAAGAUGUUAAUAAAAGGAGAAGGUGAACUGCUCGCGUUUCUUAAUUACCACCAUAAAAUUGGGAACAUUAUUUUUUUCAAUGAUAUACGUGAAUAUAUCAUUUUACAGCCCAAUUGGUUGGUCAAGUGUUUUAGAUGCCUCGUUUGUGAUGACGAUCCUAAAAAACGAAAUCCAAAAAUAUCAUCGACUGAAUGGAAAGCACUAACAGAGACUGGAAGGUUAUCAGAUACGAUUAUUGAUGAUCUUUUUCAAAACGAAAAUGUGUUAGAGAAAGAACAAAAAACAUAUGUACUUAGUGUUAUGGAAAAAUUUGACAUAAUUGUUAAACCGCAAUAUGUUGGUACCAAAGGUGAUGAAAUAUCAAAGUUAUACUAUAUCCCAUGCAUGAUUCGAAAUAGGUCAAUUUCCGUAGAUGACUUAAGGAAAGAGUUUGAAGUUGAUAAGGAAGGAAUCACAAUCUCACCAUGGUUUAUACUUGAAUUCACGUUCCUGCCGUUUGCAUAUUUCAAUCACAUUCUAGUCAGUUACAUUAAAGAAUAUACUGUAUGUGGAAAAGAGGAUGAGGAGAAAGCGAUAUAUGAAGGAAAAGCAGUGAUUUUCUUAGAUAAAAAAAAAUCUAGAAAGUUAAUAAUUUGCUAUUCGAAGAAUGCCAUAUCGUUGCAAGUAUGGAAAUGGGAUCAAGUAUCGGAUGAUUUAUAUCAAAACGUUUUAAAGAAGCUACAUUCCAAAAUUGAAGAACUAGAAAACAAACUAGGCCCCACAUCUUACACUGUCGCAGCAAAAUGUAAUGAUGGAAAUUACUUCAAAAAGGAAUAUAGAAUCAGUUUUGAAGAACGAAACAAAAGUUAUUUUGAAGACGGAACAUACUUCUGUGAAGAUCAUGUUAAUGCGAAAUUCCACAAUAUAAACGACAUAGAAAAUAUGUGGUUCAGGCAUGUUGACAUGAUAUUUAAGAUUAAAGAAAAGAAAUUACGAUAUGGUGGCAGUCAGCAACCCAAACCAGCUCGCCAACAGAAUUUAGACUCCAGCAGUAAGACUCAUCAAGAGGCUAUUCGUCUCAUUGAACAACACAAACAACAAGAAAUGAUGAGGAUGCAGCAGCAACAAGACCAUGCCAAACUGCAAGAGAUUCAGAGGCAAGAAAUAGAAAGACGGGAAGAGAUUCUUCGCCAAGCAGCCUUGAAGUCACGAGAUGGCGUUCCAUCAACAUCAGCCAGUACGUCUCAACAGUCGGACCGAGACCGUCAAACAGCUUCGGUGCCUGGCAAGCCAAGGUCUAGUCACUUACCUAAUCAUUCAGAAAGUGGACCAAGUGUCAUGGACCCCAGAAAUCUACACCAUCUUCAAGGACCCAGAGGUCAUGGUGCAUUCGCCGCACCCACUGGCGAACUGAUUCAGGGAAUACCAGCACACCUGUACAGGGACCCAGAAUUUCAACAGAGAGUACACACUGCUGCAGCUCUUCGUAUGCCACAUCUACUGGAUCCACAUAUGUAUCCACAAGGAUACCCACUUGGACUGCCUCAUCCCUAUCUUGGACAGGUCGGUGGAUUGCCGAUAGACCAUCCACACUUGGCAGACCAAAGGCCUCCAUCACAGGGAGGUAGUAGCCAUGGUAUGAGGUCACCACCACCUAGGCAGGCCCAUCAAGCCGUCGCCAAGAGUCCAGCAAUUCCAACCCAGCCACCAAACAGACAACAAAUGCCUGAUCCUCCACCUGGUGGAGAGGGGAGCUUACUCAGUUUGCUACAGCGGUAUCCAGUAAUGUGGCAGGGAACAUUGGCGCUGAAGAAUGACAGCUGUGCUGUACAGAUGCAUGUGAUUUCUGGAUUCAAUUCCCUCGUCCAGACGGCUCUCCCACAACAGGUUGUAGAAGGGACAUGUCAGCCAUUGAGAAUUGCCCAGAGAAUGAGACUGGAAGCAGCACAGCUGGAAGGGGUUAUUAAAAGAAUGCAGUAUGACAAAGAUUAUUGUAUGUUGUUGGCUUUGCCUUGUGGAAGUGACCAUGAUGAUAUCAUCUACCAGACCAGAGCCAUGUCAACAGGCUUUAUACAGUACUUACAACAGAAACAAGCUGCAGGAAUUGUCAAUGUGGCUGACCCAGGCUCACAACAGCCUGCCUAUGUUGUGCACAUAUUUCCCCCAUGUGAGUUUUCACAUGAGACUUUGGGAAGAUUGGGAUUUGAGCUUUUACAUCAAGUUCGCAACCUGAGCCAUCUUUUAGUCAUCAUUACAACAGUGGCUUAGAUUUUGUAAGAUGGAAUAUGUGUCUUCACUAUCAUGGAUUUGACUCACUCCCGGACAUGACAUUAUUAAACACCGGAUUGGACAGAAGAUGUAUUUCUCAAAAUGACACUGGAUUUAACUUAAAAGUGCUACACACGUUUGAUGUUAAUAAUGGAGAAUGGAUUAUUAUUAAAUUGGAUUUUUGUAUAAAAUCAGUUUAUAUAGAUAUUUAUGAUUGGAAUUUAUGUGGAUGAUUUUGUAGAAGGAAUAUAUUAACACGGAUAUAUUAUUAUGCUAAUAUGAUAAUAACAAACUUAUGAAAUAUUCUUUAAAAAGGAUACACAACUUACAUACUAAAUAUUUAUAUGUAUGUUAUAGAUAACGAGAAUUUGACCAGUUCUCAAUAUGGAUUACGUAUUUACUUAUAUUGGGAUAUACUUGUACAUUUAUUCUCUCUAACAUGGAUAAUACAAAGUGCUAGUACUUGAAGCAGUAGUGAAAUGUACAUUGCUAUUGUCGACUGCUUGUGGAUUUAUUUAAUAAUGUUUUUAAUGUAUGGAAAGACUUAUCACUGGGAUUAAUAUUUUCAGAGAGAGAGAUAAUCUAAUUCAAUAUUGUGUUCCAUUACUUUCGGUGGAAUUAAAAUUUCAUAGAGAAUUUCAAUUUAAUGUGGUAUAUAUAUUGUGAUUAAUGGAAUUUUACUUCAUACACUGGAUUUUAAAAAAAAAUAACCAAGAAUGUUGCCAUUUUGAGUUUUUGAGUUGGCAUUUUUUUUUCUCAGCUUUGUGGUAUCUCGUUCCACAUUCAUGAGGGACAUAGAUAUUUAUUUUUAUUUGUUUUUUCUCAGGAUUAUAGAUGGGUUUUUUUAUAUAUUCUGCCUGGAAAGCUGUUCGUUUUUUUGAGACUGAAUGAUGUGGAAUUAUUAUGACUUUCAAGCAUAUUGUGAAUGCUUUCAAAAUAGAAAUCCAUGGAUAAGACUUGAGCCGUAUGGCUGGCAUAAUCACCUUGGUGAUAGACAAUGUGACAUGUGACAGGACGUAGUUAAUGGCGUCAGUAUUGAUCUCAGUACAUUUAGAAUUGGUGAAUUCGUCAUAGGGCAAUUUUUUUUCAUCGUUAGUUCAUGUUCUCAUACCAUUUAUAAUUAGUUUGAGCAAUGUUUGGAAGGCAGCUUACGAUUCAUUAAAACUUUCGUUGGAAAUUUAGGGAAGUGAUUGUCUAAGAAGUGCUGGGUCACUCGUAAUAUUUUAACAGUAUUUUUGAGUCGUUUAGAACAAAAUGUAAUUAUUCGCUUGUAUGUUUUUCCUAUUCUUUGUUUUUCUUUUUUAAACUGCACUUUUGAAGAUAUAUUUAUAAAAUCUAUAAUAUGAAUUUUUCACUUUAGAAGUUUUGUGAAUUUUAAAAAUUUAGAAUUUAAAUUAAAUUUUUGCUUUAUAUAAAAGUUUUUUUCCUAACGUUAGUUUAAUAUAUGGAUAAUGUUUUUUUCUAAUAUGUAAAUUUUUUGGUCGAGCUUAGUAAGGAAUUGCAUUGUUUUAUUUUUUCUCUCAUUUUUUUGCAUUAAAAGGCAGCAGAUUUUCAGAUAGACCAUUUUCAUUAUAGCAUUUAUGUCAUUAUUGCUUUCAUUAAUUAUACAGAACCAGAAAUGUAUUCAAAAAAUAAAAACAUGGAAUUUUCAAAAAUUAAAAAAAAAUCUUUAAAAACCUAAAAAUAAUUUCCUCUUGCAUUUGGUCAAUUUCGUAAAAUGUAUUCAACAGAAAAGAAAUGUAUGCUCUUAUUCAUCUCAUUAUCAUAAAAAUUGGAGGUUAACUUUAUAAUUAGAUAGUUUAAGCAUGCCUAGAAAAAUUAGUGGCACCCAUUAUUAUGCGGCAUAAUGUUUUAUGCUACCAUACUAGAUGUUCUUGUAACCAAGCUUAGUGUUAUUAAAUAGUUAAAACAUAUCGUAACCUCAACCUAUCAUAGUAAACAGGCCAAAGAUGUGAAUGAGAAAAAAUGAUGAAUGCGAAAAAAUUAUUUAUUGGGAUGAGAGUGGUUUUUUUUUUGUUAUCUCCCCUUUUGUACAUAUAAACAGUUGUAAAUACGUAAAACAAAAAAAAAACUUUGUUGUGUACAGUUGUUGUUAGAUUUUUUUGUUAAAAAGAAACAAUGUAUAAAUCCCUCCUGUACAUAGUGUAAAAUUUUGUGUUAUUUGUAUAUAUAGUUAGCUCCCUUUACUACUCUUGGUAGGCAAGAAAUACGGGAGAAUUAAACAUAGACGACCAAUUUACAGUUGUUGUUGAAGGUUUUUUUUUGUGUUUAUAUAACUGUGACAAACACUUGCUGUGGACAGCUUGGUUAUUCUGUGUAUAUCAGUUUGAAAUUUAUUUUUUGACGCUUGUGGGAUUUUGUACCGGAUUUUUUUUUUUACAAUUUUAAAAAUUUCUGUCAAAAAGGACAUAUUUAUUCUUUCUUUACAGAUUUAACUCUUGGGAAAAGCUAAGCUUCCAGAUAAAAUCUUUUUAUUAAAUUAAAAUUUUUACAGAGAGAGGUUUUCAUAUACACUAUUUUGUUAAAAUUCUUUGAGAAAUUCAUUUACACUACAAGGCCAAUUAAAUGGCUCUUGUAUAUGAUAUGAACAAAUAGAAAGUGUUAUUUUAAAGAAAAUUAAUCUAUUAAGCACUAAACUUUUUCCUGAAAUCCAAUGUUAAUAAAAAAAAAAGUAACAAUAUUUAUUCUCUUCUAAUCCUAAUAUUCUGGUAGAAAUUCUGACAGCAAGAUUAUAAAAAAAGUGCUUGAAUGUGCAAUUGAGCUGCCAUUUUCAAGUUUUGAUGUAUAAAUGUGUGUGUGUGUUUGUGUAAAUGUGUGUGACUGUCGUAGAUGGAACUGUGAUACUGUUUAGUCUAUACAGAGUUUUAUUUUUGUAAAUUAUUUUGUACAUUAUCUAGGCUCAAUAUUACUUGUACAUUAUUGUAUGUCCCACGUCAUUCAGUCGUCUUGAAGAACUUCCGCUUUAAACAAAAUAAAAUGAAAAUUAAAUAUAA